AUGAUUAAACGUGACCUACGUACUGGGAAAUAUAUGGCGUAUUGCUUAUUAUAUCGUGAUGUUACUCCUAAAGAUGUUAAUAUGGUCAUCGCAAUUGCAGUUAAUUGUCAACCUCCAGCAUCCAGACAUAAUGGUGACUUAGCUCAAGAUCAAAGAGCUGUACGUAUGCUAAGUAAUACAACUGCAAUUUCAGAAGCAUGGAUGAAACUGGAUGGUAAACUUGAUUUAAUGUAUUCGGAACACGAAUUUGCUCAUUGGUAUGUAAAUGAAGGUAUGAAAGAAAGUGAAUUCAGUGAAGCAUAAGAAGAUAUAGUUACUUUGAAAAGAUUAUGAAGAGAUUAGUCAAUAAACACUUAACAGAGGUGAAAACGGAUUUCGACUGUUACUUUUACAGGAGCUUCACCCAGUCAGUCACAACGUACAACUUCGCACGUACGUACAUCAGUUCGAGUU